AUGCCUCGCCGCUCCACCAACCCCUGCCUCCUCUCCUUUGCGGGCUUCGCCUCAACCGCCGUCGUCCUCUACUGUACCGUCUCCACCAUAUUCUCCCCACCCCCCGUCCUCGACGUCCCAUCUUCUCAUCCCGUCUUUAUCUCCUCCUCUUCGCCCUUCCAUGACCACAACGAUCGCGACGCUCCCGACGCCACCUUCUACGAUGACGCUUCCGUCUCCUACGCCUUCGACCGCUCGCUCACCGACUGGGACGCCAAGCGUCGGGAGUGGCUCCGCCUGCACCCUAACUUCGACGGGAAUGGCCGCGAGAGGGUGGUCAUGGUAACCGGGUCCCAGCCCGGCCCCUGCCGCAACCGGGAGGGCGACCACCUCCUCCUCCGCUUCUUCAAGAACAAGGUCGACUACUGCCGCCGCCACGGCAUCGACCUCUUCUACAACACCGCCCUCCUCCACCCGGCCAUGCGCUCGCUGUGGGCGAAGCUCCCCGCGAUCCGUGCCGCCAUGCUCGCCCACCCGGAGGCCGAGUGGGUGUGGUGGGUCGACUCUGACGCCGUCUUCACGGACAUGGACUUCGAGCUCCCCCUGCAUCGCUACCGGGACCACAACCUGGUGGUCCACGGCUGGCCCCACCUGGUGUACGACGCCCGCAGCUGGGUCAGCCUCAACUCCGGCGUCUUCCUCAUCCGCAACUGCCAGUGGUCGCUCGACUUCAUGAAGGUGUGGGCCGUCAUGAGCCCUUUAUCACCGGACUACGACCGGUGGGGCCAGGUCCUGGCGGCGGAGUUGAAGGACAAGCUGUUCAAUGUGUCGGACGACCAGUCGGCGCUCGUCUACCUCCUCCUCAAGCACAGGGACCAGUGGGGCGACAAGGUCUUCCUGGAGAGCGACUACGAUCUCGAGGCCUACUGGGUGGCGAUCGUGGACCGGCUGGAGAACAUGACGGCGAAAUACGCGGAGGUGGAGCGGCGCGUUGACGGUCUGCGCCGACGCCACGCCGAGGUGGUGAGCGGGGGGUACGGGCGGCUGAGGGAGGAGCAGCUGGCGACGGAGGAGGGAGCGGUGAGCGGGCCCAACGGGUGGCACCGUCCCUUCAUGACGCACUUCACCGGGUGCCAGCCCUGCAACGGCGCCCACAACAAGAUGUACACCUGGAAGAGCUGUUGGGAGGGGAUGCAGCGUGCGCUGCACUUCGCCGAUGACCAGGUGCUCCGCGACUACGGCUUCCGCCAUGCCGAUCCCCUCAGCGGCGACGUCGAGCCGCUGCCUUUCGAUUACCCGUCCACGGCGUGA